ACAAGCCCUCCAAAUCAUACGACCCCAUUGUACGUUUGUACAUGCCCUCGAAUACGGCUCAUGGUAACGUUUCUUACAUUAGCGCUCCUACUGGUGACAGGAGAGCAUUGCGGAUUGCGGGGAUUUGACCGCGACAGGGGUUUGCCGCGACAUCGACGCCAGUUGGAGUAAUUAAGAUGCCUACACAAAAAGAGUGUGUGAUAUGCCAUAGUGCAAUUGGGGUGGCCAGCAAGACCUGCCAGCACUGUGGUGGCAAGCAGCCAUAUAAGGACAGGCUGGAGAGACAGAAGCAGAAAAUAACAGAGGACUGGAAAGAACGGCAGAAAAAAAACUGCAGCAUCAACAAAGUCUAUGAUGCAACUAAUUUAUUGCUCCACAAAUGGGAGCUUUUAGAGAGGCAUCCCGUCCUCCUCCUCGCCAGGAGAACCUCCAGUGGCUUUGUAGCAGAGUGCCUUUGUCCUUGGCCAUUGGACACAGAGGAUGCAAGGGAUGCACUUGUCACAAUAAAGAAGAUUUAUGAGAGUCUUCUCAAUGUGACGGUGACAACCAGGACGAUGGAGACUCCAGCACAGACCAGUGAUGGUCCUGCUACAGGCAGCUCCUUUACCCCACCCGUGUCCACCCCACCUGUGUCCAUCCCGCCUGUGUCCACCCCCUGUGCUCCUCCUGUGUUCAACCUGCCUGUGUCCACCCUGCCUGUGUCCAUCCCGCCUGUGUCCACCCCCUGUGCUCCUCCUGUGUCCAUCCCGCCUCCACCCAUGAAAAGUGCUACCUAG